ACAAAACGGGCCAUAAGUUGAUUACACUCACUCAAUCACUCAUGAACUACAGUAGUAGACAAAGAAUGGUUUAACAGAAAACCCCCAACUUUACAAGAUCGAAAAAACUCAAAGGUAGAAGACGAAGCAACAAAAAUGGGGUUUGGAACCCUAAGAUCUCUCAUUCGUCCUCUUUCGAGAGCAAUCUCUUCUUAUUCUUCAACUUCAAUCACUCAAUCACCGUUAUCUUCUCAAUUUCUCCCCAAAUUUCUCUCUCCAAAAAUUCAACCAGUUUUUGGGCACUCCAUUUUUCGCUCAAUUCAUCUGGAUUCUCUCCCUUCUCUCGCCUCCAAACCUUUCGACCAUUUAACCAAUCCACGCUUUCCCAAACGCCGCCCAAGUGUUAGCUCCCGCCGCAAGCGCUCUAGCCUCCGCCCCCCAGGGCCAUAUGCUUGGGUUAAGCAUGUACCUGGGGAGGCUAUUCCACCAAGUCAACCCAAUGAAGGGAGUGUCAAGUUGAGGAAUGAGAAGAAACGCCGAAGGCAACGCCGUGAAUUUAUCAAGUCUGAAAGAAAGAAGAGAAAGGCUGAAGUGCAGGAAGCUAAUCGCAAGAAAAGGGAAAAAAGGAUCGAACGUAAGAUGGAAGCAGUUGCUAGAGAUAGAGAUUGGGCUCAGAGACUUGCAGAGCUGCAACGACUUGAAGCGGAGAAAAAUAAAUCAGCAGCAGCCUAAAAACCUGCCUAAGACCUAUUCUCUUACAUUUGCUCAUGAACUGCUUUUAGAUGCUGUUAGGGCUGAAAGCCAUAUAUUGAACAUUUGGUGCAUGUAGUGUUGUUACUCACCUAUAUGCAACCGACAUGGGCUAACCCUCCUUUCCAUUUGGUGCAUGUAGUAUUGUUACUCACCUAUGUGCAACCGUUGUGGGCUAACCCUCGGUCACAUCUUGUUGCGUCACCAAUUGAAUUGACAUGUUUGCCUUUCAGUAGUGGACCAGACUUGCUAGAUUUUGUUACUUCAGUUUUUUUACUACGUGUAAUACUUUUGUCUUUGAAAUAAUCCUUAACGAAGAGCUUAAUUAUGUGGA